AUGUCGAUGAUAUCUCAUCUAUUUUCGAUCCGGGCAACGACUUGUUUAACAAGAAAUAUUCUUCGACCAACACCGAUUCGUUUGCUUUCAUCAGCAUCGCCAUCAGCCAACAAGGCAACGAAUGCAAAUGAUCAUAUUUUACCGAAGGAAUUACCAUCGUCGGAAAAAAGAAAAGCAAAAUUUAAUAUUUCAUGGAAAACUGUUUCUGUAACAUUCAUUGGUGCUGCUUCGUUGAUUGCUUUCAUUUAUUUUCUUGAUCAACGUAAAAUGCAAAAGCGUAAAGUCCUUCAGCGUGCUGCUGUCGGCAAAAUGGCUAUCGGUGGACCAUUUUCGUUGAUAACCCACGAAAGGAAACCGGUGACUGACAAAGAUUUCCGUGGUCAAUGGCUAUUAAUCUAUUUCGGUUUUACACAUUGUCCGGACAUAUGUCCGGAAGAAUUAGAAAAACUAUCUGAAAUAACUGAUCUCCUUCGCCGAGACAAGAGUACACAAAAGAAUCCAUUCCAACCCGUUUUUGUUUCCGUUGAUCCCGAACGUGAUACUCCGGAGUUAGUCUCGACAUAUAUCAAGGAUUAUUCGCCACAUUUUAUUGGUUUAACAGGCACACGUGAACAAGUUGCUGAAAUGUGUAAACAUUACCGAGUUUACUUUAGUCAAGGACCUAAAGUUGGAGAUGAUUAUAUCGUUGAUCAUGCCAUUAUCAUGUAUUUAAUCAAUCCAAACGGAGAAUUUGUUGAUUAUUAUGGUCGGAAUAAGAAUGCCAAAGAAGUCGCAUAUGCAAUUGAACAACAUAUGAAUACUUUCAAAGAAUCGAAUAAAUAG